AUGCACGAACCAAAGCCUGGCUCUGAUGGAGCACAAUUCGUCUUCCCCACUUGGCGGAAAUGUUUGAUUCUCACCGAUGCUUGCUUCGUGGUUUUUACCAGUUCUUCCGCUCUGUGUUCCAUGUUUCCGGCGACUGCGCAAAUCGCAGCCGAGCUGUCCACCACAGUGGAAACACUCCACAUUGCCAAUGCAUGUGUCCAGAUUGCAAUGGGCAUAUCUUUGUUCCUCUGGCAGCCGAUCCGGAGUUUCAUUGGGCGCCGGAAUGCAUACCUUGUGGCCAUCCUCAUCCUUUUCUGUUUCUCUAUCGGCGCUGCUCUAGCCAUCAAUGCGAGUAUGUUCAUCGCGAUGAGGAUCAUUGUUGGGUUCACAGGAACGUUCCUGCUGGUGGCGGGACAAGAAAUACUGACAGAUUCAUUCGAUCCGGUUGGUCGUGGAGCAGCAUUUGGGUAUAUGCAGAUAGGGAAUACCACAGGUCUCACUAUCGGACCUUGUAUUGGUGGCAUUAUUGUCGCCUUCACCAGUUGGCGGAUAAUAUACUGGCUACAAGUCGGAUUAGCCGGGCUAAGCCUGUUACUCUCUUGGCUCUUCAUUCCGAAAGAGAAAAGAAAAGGCACAACUUCCCAAGGGUCAAGCUCACGUCUUGCGGCAUUGAACCCUAUAAAUCUCCUUAAGCCUCUCAUUUACCCAAAUAUAGUUAUCACAAAGCAGGAUGUUGCAUGCGGCUUUCUGGUAUUCUUCCAAUUUAUUAUCCUCACAUCUAUCCCACAUAUCAUUAACCCCCGAUUUCACUUCACCACGCCGUUAGUCAGCGGUCUUUUCUAUCUCGCACCUUGGGGGGGCUUCGUUCUCGGAUCAUUAGUUGGGGGGAUUGUCUCUGACAGGACCACCAAACGGUAUAUUGCAAAGAGGGACGGAAUCCGUUUACCUCAGGAUAGGCUGAACGGUGGUCUACCCAUAUGGCUGGGGGUCAUGCCCGUAAGCAUGGUCAUUUACGGGUGGACCUUGGACCUGGAAGUUGGCGGGAUGGCUGUCCCGAUUAUUAGCGUGUUUUUUGCGGCUGGCAGUAUUGUCGUCGCCUUUAACGGGCUUAAUACUUACACCGCAGAAGCACUCCCUGAACAUCGGUUCGCUGCCAUCAGCGGGAAAUAUAUCAUCCAGUAUGUAUUCGGGGCUGUGAGCACCGCUGCCGUGGUGCCAUUAAUUGAUGGCAUAGGGGUAGGUUUAGUAUUUACUGUCUGUGCUAUAAUCAGCAUUAUCGGGGGACUUGGAGUCUUUCUCGUUGCCAGGUAUGGCCUCCAGAUGCAGAACCACCGGGUGAGCUCGGGAGUAUAA